AUGACGGUGGCUCAUUCUCGCCGAUUCUCGACGGCGGUAAAACCUAUUGACAUUAGCCUGCUCUCGAAACAACUGCUUCAGCUGGGAAGGACCAGCAAUUCCGAUACGUUUUCAGAGAUCAGUCGUCAAAGAGAACAACUUGUGUCUUCCCUAAUCUCGACGCUCGAUGAUUGCGCCGGUCUUAACCAAAUCAAGCAAGUUCACGGUCAUGUUAUCCGAAAAGGUCUUGAUCAAAGUUGCUACAUUAUCACCAAGCUAAUUCGCACGCUUACUAAGCUCGGCGUUCCAAUGGAUCCGUAUCCUCGCCGUGUGAUCGAGCCUGUUCAGUUCCGGAACCCGUUUCUAUGGACCGCAGUGAUUCGUGGGUAUGCGAUUGAAGGUAAUAUUUUGGAAGCUAUCUCUAUGUAUGGAUGUAUGAGGAAAGAAUGGAUUACGCCUGUUUCUUUUACCUUCUCUGCUCUUUUGAAAGCUUGUGGUUCGGUGAGAGAUUUGAAUUUGGGUCGGCAGUUUCACGCACAGACGUUUAGACUUAGGGGUUUUUGUUGUGUAUACGUUGGGAACACGAUGAUCGAUAUGUAUGUGAAGUGUGGGUCUAUUGAUUGUGCGCGUAAGGUGUUUGAUGAAAUGCCUGAACGAGAUGUGAUAACGUGGACAGAGCUUAUAGCAGCGUACGCGAGAGUUGGGAAUAUGAAAUCUGCAGCGGAACUGUUUGAAAGCUUGCCUAGUAAGGACAUGAUGGCUUGGACAGCCAUGGUCACAGGAUUCGCGCAGAACGCUAAACCGCAGGAAGCUUUAGAAUAUUUCAAUAGAAUGGAGAAAUCGGGAAUUCAAGCUGAUGAAGUCACUGUCGCCGGAUUUAUAUCGGCCUGUGCACAGCUUGGAGCAAGCAAAUAUGCGGAUCAGGCAGUUCAAAUAGCUCAGAAAUAUGGGUAUUCUCCUAGUGAUCACGUUGUUAUCGGUUCUGCAUUGAUAGACAUGUACUCAAAAUGCGGAAAUGUUGAAGAGGCCGUAAAUGUAUUUGAGUCGAUGAAAUACAAGAAUGUCUUUUCUUACAGUUCUAUGAUCCUUGGUUUCGCUAUGCACGGUCGUGCUCAAGAGGCUCUAGAUCUGUUCCAUUACAUGGUAACACAUACCGCAGUAAAACCAAACACGGUUACAUUUGUUGGUGUGCUUACGGCUUGCAGCCACACAGGACUUGUAGACCAAGGACGUCAAAUAUUUGCGUCUAUGCAUCAAAUGUUCGGCGUUGAACCAACGCGUGAUCACUAUACUUGUAUGGUCGAUCUUCUUGGCCGUGCAGGACGGUUACAAGAAUCCCUUGAGCUGAUUAAAACCAUGUCAGUUGAGCCACACGGAGGGGUAUGGGGUGCUUUGCUCGGUGCGUGCAGAAUCCAUAACAAUCCAGACAUUGCAGAGAUUGCUGCAAAACAUUUGUUUGAAUGGGAACCAGACAUUAUCGGAAACUAUAUCUUGCUCUCUAACAUCUACGCUUCAGCUGGAGACUGGGACGGCGUUUUAAGUGUGCGGAAACUAAUUAAAAAGAAGGGUUUAAAGAAGACACCCGCGGCUAGUUGGGUAGUAGAUAAGAAUGGUCAGAUGCAUAAGUUUUUCCCGGGAAACAUGAACCAUCCAAUGUCGAACAAGAUUCAAAAAACGUUAGAAGAGCUUGUAGAGAGACUAACCGUAUUAGGGUAUAAACCGGAUUUAAGCUCUGUGACCUACGACGUGAAUGAUGAUGGGAAGAGACUGAUACUGAUUAGGCACACCGAGAAGCUGGCUUUAGCGUUCUCUUUGCUCACUACGAGCAGAGAUUCGACGAUCAUGAUAAUGAAGAAUCUGAGGAUGUGCCAAGAUUGUCACACAUUCAUGCGUUUGGCAUCGGAGGUUACAGGUAGAGUGAUUAUAAUGAGAGAUAAUAUGAGGUUCCAUCAUUUUCGGAGUGGAUCUUGUUCUUGUGGUGAUUUUUGGUGA